AUGAGUGAAAAUGUGAUAGCUAUUUGUGGAUGUACAAACUCGGGAAAAACUACGAUUGCUCAGGUUAUAAAGGAAACGGUUGGUUUGGUUUCUAGAAGUUUUUGACCCACUGAACACGAUGCUGACGUCUGAAAUUGCAGAAUUCAACUCCUGACAUCAGUUAUGACGUGGCAAAAUUGGGAUUUUAGGAGCUGAAAACUAGCUUCAAAAAUGUUUUUCUUAAAAAUCUGAUAGCAUAGGGGUUUUCAAUAUGUAAUCAAUUUUUGAAAAAUAUUUGUUUUCAGUGAAAAAAUUUUCACAAUUUUCUGAAGGAUUUUUGAAUAAACCUUCUGACCCUUCUGAAAUUGACCCUUCUGAAAAACCUAUCAGAUUUUAAUGAAAAUAAUUUUUGAAGCUAGUAUUCAGCGUCCCAAGCCACGUCAUAACUCAUAUAAGGCUUUUAGAUCUGUUGAGAAUUUUAGACGCUGAAUAGAAAACAUAUUUUAUUAAAAAUCUAUUAAAGACACAUAGAAAACUGGAAAUGUGUGUUCGUAAUCUUCAAAAUUUGAACGCGCGCCUUUUUUCAAAGUUGUGUGUUGUUCGUUUGAAAAAAGAAAAAAACGAAUAAAAAGUGGUGGUACGGUGUGCUAAGAAUGCACACAUGUGCGGCAAAUCACGAACAUUUGUGCAAACACCAAAAUUCGCGUCGGCUGAGCGAUUUCAAAAAAGGAAAUUUCUUUUUUUGACUUUCGCUAAACUCAAUAUUUUUCAAUUUUGUUUAUGUACUUCCACUAUUUGAAGGAUGAUAAAAAACAUGCAAAUAAUGAUUUUUGAACGAUUUCUAGUUUUCUACGUGUCUUUAAAGAUUUCCAGCUCAUUUCCAGCUCAAUGAUUGUUUUGUGAUCAAUCAAGAUGAUUUUUAUUUCCUCCCGGAAAAUGUCGAUAAAAUCCAAACAGAUCAUACAGAAAGAGGAUUUUAUUGGAGUUAUGAUGAAAAAGAAGCACUCGAUUAUACCAACUUGAAGGCGCAUAUUGAUAAAGUAGGAAUUCUACAUUUUGAAAAGAAAUCCCGAAAAAAUCAAUUUCCAGGCCAUGAUUUCCAACAAAAAUGUGAUAAUUGAGGGAAAUAUGAUAAGCGAAUUUCCAGAAAUCAUUGAUUUAUGUACAAAAGUUAUUGUUAUGAGUUUGGAUUUUGUGAGUCUUUGUUGAGAUUUUCUUUCUUUUUUUAAAUGAAGAAAACAAUUCAGAAAACUUGCAAAGAGCGGCGCGAGAAACGUGUCUACGACCCUCCAGAUGACACCGGUUAUUUCGAAAAUGUUGCAUGGCCGGCUUAUUUGCGGCACUUGAAAAGAGCCUAUGAAUUAGGUAUGAAAAUAAGAAGAGAGGAAUUUAUUUUUUGAAAAUGGGUUUUUUUGCAGGUCGCCAGAAUAUUCGUUUCAAUUUUAUCGAUUGUUCGGAAUUCAAAGACUCACUGGAGAUUAAUAUUCAAAAGGUGGGAUGGAUUUCUAAAUUUUUUAACAUGAGCGAUGCAUUUUAUAUUGUUAAUAUGAGCAAUGUGUUUUUUGAAGAAAAUUUGGGAUUACAGCGGAUUUUCUAGACUUCCAAAAAACUUUAAAAAUUACAGAAAACAUUUUUUUUAAUCCUAACAUGAGCAAUGUAUUUUAUAAUGUUAACAUGAGCAAACAUAAAAUGGAUUCUAACAUGAGCAAUGUAUUUUUUUAUGAGAAAUCCACAUUUUUUGAAUUUCCGCAAUUUUUUUUGAAGAAAAUUUGGGAUUACAGAAGAUUUUCUAGGCUUCAAAAAACUUUAAAAAUUACAGAAAAAUAAAAUAAUCCUAACAAUGUAUUUUAUAUUGUUAACAUGAGCAAUUAUCUCGAUGCUAAUAUGAGCAAUGCAUUUUCAUGAGAAAUCUUCUAGCUUCUAAUAUGAGCAUCUCGUAAAAAUUCUUCAAAAUAUUUUUCCUAUUCAAAAGCUUCGACUUGUUUUAAGUCAACUGAAAUUGAGCUAAAUAUGAUUCCGAGAACCAGCAAUUUCAAGUUUUUUGAAUUUCAGAAUCCUUUUUUUUUUAAAUUUCCCAAUUUCCAGAUAAUUUCUCAAAUCGACAAUGAUAUUGUGCGAAUAAGUGCAAAUCCUCUAUCAAUAUCAGAUGCUCAAAAACUCGCAACAUCUCCAUCUUCUGGAGCAAUUUCAUUAUUUGUUGGCACAACUCGAGACAAUUUUGAGAACAAAACCGUCUCUCAAUUAUCAUAUGAUUGCUACGAUUCGAUGGCUUAUAAAGAAUUGCGCAAAUUAUGCGAAGAUAUUCGUCGAACAAUUCCGAUCAUUGAAAAAAUUGUGAUAUUUCAUCGAAUCGGCAUUGUUCCAGUGACUGAAGCAUCUGUUAUAAUUGCAACUUGUUCACCUCAUCGAUCAGAAGCAAUUCGAGCAACUGAAAAAGCUAUAAAUAUGUUGAAAGAGACAAUUCCGAUCUGGAAAAAGGAGGUAUAUAAUAAUAAUUCGGAUAGUUGUUGGAAAUCUAACAAAUGA